CUCUCAACCCCCAGAUCCCCAAUUCCCCCACCCCGCUCGCCGCCCCACCCGAAACCCUAGCGCAGGCACACGACCUCCGUGUGCUGCGCGGCGCCGCCAUGACGGGCCCUCUCCACUCCAGCUCCGGCCACAACGCCGCCGCCGGUGGGGGCGGCGGCGGCAAGACCAUCGAGGAGAUGUACCAGAAGAAGACGCAGCUGGAGCACAUCCUGCUGCGCCCCGACACCUACAUCGGCUCGGUGGAGAAGCACACCCAGACGCUCUGGGUCUACGAGGGCGGCGCCAUGGUGAACCGCGCGGUCACCUACGUCCCAGGCCUCUACAAGAUCUUCGACGAGAUCCUCGUCAACGCCGCCGACAACAAGCAGCGGGACCCCCGGAUGGAUUCGCUCAAGGUCGAGAUCGACGUCGAGGGCUGCUGCGUCUCCGUAUACAACAACGGCGACGGGAUCCCCGUCGAGGUCCACCAGGAGGAGGGCGUCUACGUGCCGGAGCUGAUUUUCGGCCAUCUCCUCACCAGCAGCAACUACAACGACAACGAGAAGAAGACCACCGGCGGGCGGAACGGAUACGGCGCCAAGCUCACCAAUAUCUUUUCCACGGAGUUCGUCAUCGAGACCGCCGAUGGGCGUCGCCAGAAGAAGUACAAGCAGGUUUUCUCAGAAAACAUGGGGAAGAAGUCAGAGCCCCAGAUUACGAAGUGCAAGCAGGGGGAGAACUGGACCAGGAUCACCUUCAAGCCUGAUCUGGCCAAGUUCAACAUGACCCAUCUUGAAGAUGAUGUAGUAGCCCUUAUGAGGAAAAGAGUUGUUGACAUGGCAGGAACUCUUGGCAAAACGGUGAAGGUUGAAAUGGAUGGCCAGAGGUUGCCUGUAAAGAGCUUCUCUGACUAUGUGAACCUGUAUAUCAAGUCUACUAAUGGUGACCCAAAACUAAGGGUUUUUGAUCAAGUAAAUGAUCGGUGGGAGGUGUGUGUUAUUCCGAGUGAAGGACAGUUUCAGCAGGUCAGCUUCGUCAACAGAAUUGCAACAAUAAGGGGUGGAACUCAUGUUGAUUAUGUCACCAACCAAGUUGCAAACCAUGUGAUGACCGUUGUGAAUAAGAAAAACAAGAAUGCAAACAUGAAACUGCAUAAUGUGAGGAACCAUCUGUGGGUCUUUGUUAAUGCCCUCAUUGACAACCCCGCCUUCGACUCACAGACCAAGGAGACCUUGACCACUCGUCAGGGAAGCUUUGGGUCAAAGUGUGAGCUUUCUAAUGAAUUCCUCAAGGGAGUCGAGAAAUCAAGUAUUGUCAGCAAUGUCCUCUCCUGGGCCGAUUUCAAAUUAAGCAAAGAACUAAAGAAGACUGAUGGAAGCAAGAAGUCAAGAAUUUCUGGCAUACCAAAGCUUGAGGAUGCAAAUGAAGCUGGUGGGAAGGACUCCAACAAGUGCACAUUGAUUCUGACUGAAGGCGAUUCAGCCAAAGCUCUUGCUAUGGCUGGUAUAGCUGUAGUUGGUAGAGAUCACUAUGGCGUGUUUCCUCUCAGGGGAAAGCUAUUAAAUGUUAGAGAAGCAAAUCACAAGCAAAUUCUGGAUAACACAGAAAUUCAGAACAUAAAGCAAAUUCUUGGUUUGCAGCAUGGAAAGCAGUAUGAUAGCACCAAAGGCUUGAGAUACGGCCAUCUCAUGAUAAUGACAGAUCAGGACCAUGAUGGUUCCCACAUCAAAGGGUUGUUGAUCAACUUCAUUCAUUCUUUCUGGCCAUCUCUUCUUAAAGUUCCAUCUUUCUUGGUUGAGUUCAUCACUCCAAUUAUCAAGGCAACUAAGAAAAAUGAGACCAAAUCAUUUUACACAAUGCCAGAGUAUGAAGACUGGAAAAGGAAUUUAGGAGCAAGUGCAAGUUCAUGGACCAUAAAAUACUAUAAGGGGUUGGGAACAAGCACAUCCAAAGAAGGCAAAGAUUACUUUACAAAUAUUGACCAACACAAGAAGGAUUUUGUCUGGGUAGAUGAUCAAGAUGGCAAUGAAAUCGAGUUAGCAUUCAGCAAAAAAAGGAUUGCUGAUAGGAAAGAGUGGCUUACAAACUUUCAGCCUGGAACUUACCUUGACCAACGUGAGAAAGAAAUCAAGUACCGUGAUUUCAUCAAUAAAGAGCUGAUUCUCUUCUCAUUGGCGGACCUGCAGCGAUCAAUUCCUUCGAUGGUAGAUGGUUUUAAACCAGGUCAGAGGAAGAUUCUGUUUUGCUCAUUCAAGAGGAACCUUGUUAAGGAAACCAAGGUUGCUCAGUUCUCUGGUUAUGUGUCAGAACACUCCGCAUACCACCAUGGUGAGCAGAGUUUAGCAAGUACAAUUGUUGGAAUGGCUCAGAGUUUUGUUGGCAGCAAUAACAUAAACCUUUUGUACCCUGGAGGCCAGUUCGGUACCAGAUCUCAGGGUGGCAAAGAUGCUGCGAGUCCUAGGUACAUCUUCACCAAACUAUCACAUAUCACACGUUCAAUUUUCCCAAAGGAUGAUGAUACUCUUCUUAAUUAUCUGAAUGAGGAUGGACAGUUAAUUGAACCGAGCUGGUAUGUGCCAAUCCUUCCCAUGGUUUUGGUCAAUGGAAGUGAAGGAAUUGGUACUGGAUGGAGUACAUUCAUUCCAAACUACAAUCCAAGAGACAUUGCUGCUAACAUCAGGCGGUUGCUGAAUGAUGAGGCUACUGUACCAAUGCACCCGUGGUACAGGGGGUUCAAGGGAUCCAUUCAGAAGGCAAAUAAUGCAAGGGUAGAUGGUGCCACAUAUACCAUCACUGGUAUCAUAGAGGCUGUUGACAGCACUACAUUGAGGAUUACUGAACUGCCAGUCCGCCGUUGGACGCAGGAUUACAAAGACUUUAUUGAUUCUUUGCGUCCAGACGAAAAGAACAAGGACAAGGAAGCAUUUAUUGAGGUAAUUGUCAACGAAAAACACUUUCACUUGAAUUCGUUAUGUUUCCUCCUCAAUGGCCAUUAUUCUUCAAUUGCUAUUAUUUUACAGGACUGCACCGCACAAGGUGAUAAUGACGAUGUUUACUUUGAGCUCAAACUAUCUGAGAAGAAUAUGAAUAUCGCCAAGGAAGAAGGACUGCUGAAGAAAUUUAAGCUGACAACAACAAUAGGAACAACAAACAUGCACUUGUUUGAUUCAGAUGGUAAAAUACGGAAGUAUGACACUCCUGAACAAAUACUUGAAGAGUUCUUUAAAUUAAGGCUUCAAUUCUACUUCAAGAGAAAGGAAGUAUUAUUGCAAAAUAUGAAGCUGGACUUGAAGAAGCUUGAAAACAAAGCUAGGUUUAUCCGCUGUGUUGUUAACAAUGAAAUUGUAGUCAAUAACAGGAAGAGGGCAGAUCUUUUUUUGGAGCUUCGACAGAAGAAUUUUGAUCCUUUCCCAAAGAAAAAGAAGAGAGCUGAACCAGCUGCUGUAGGAGCUACAGAAGAGGAGGAAAACGAAGAGAGUCCUGAAGCUGCAAACGGAGUUGAUCCUAGUGACUAUGAGUAUCUCCUAUCAAUGGCAAUUGGUACCUUGACUUUGGAGAAGAUACAGGAGCUCAAUGCUGAGAAAGAGAAAGUAGUGAAUGAAGUUGAGGAACUGGAAAAGACCACAGAAAAAUCGCUUUGGCUGAGAGACCUUGACGCCUUUGAGAAAGACCUGGAUGUGCUUGAUCAAAUGGAUCUAGCAGAUGCGCAGGAAAGGAAAAGGCUAAGGGAUGAGAAUGCCAAAAAAGCAGGAUCGAAAGCUGCUCCCAAGAAACAACGUAAAAAACCGGCUGCUAAACAGCCAAAAGUGGAAAGUGAUACAGAAGGAGAUGCUGCUGAACCAGUGGUUGCAAAGCGUGGAGCUCAACGGAAAAAACCAGCCAAGGAAAAUGGUGCUGGGUCUGAUGACGAAGAUUAUGUUGCUGAAAAGGCAAAAGCUGAACAACAGAAGAAGAAACAAUCUAAGAAGGCAAGUGCUCCACCUGUGGAUGAAGACGAAGAUGACUUGCCCACACUAAAAGAACGUCUUGCAGCUUUUAAUCUCAAUGACUCCUCUCCGGAUAAUUCUGCCAUGGAAACUGAAACAACAGAAGAGCAGAUUGGAGGCAAGGGGAAGAAGGGAGUAAGCAAAAGAGGUGGAGGAAAGAAGGCUUCAUCAUCCUUGGCAGUGAUACAUGACGAUGAGGAUGAGGAUGUCGAUGUUUCCCUGGAAGUUCCAGAAGAAGUCCAAGGUCCAAAGAAAGGUAGAGGACGGAAGCCUGCUGCCCCCGUGAAGCCCAAGGCUACUGCCACCAGGAAGAGGGCGCCAGCUCAGGGCAAGGCCAUGAUGCUCAAGCCCACAGAGGACAGCAACACCAGCGCUCCUUCUCCUGAGAAAAAGGUCCGGAAGAUGAGGGAGUCUCCCUUCAACAAGAAGAGUGGCUCCAUCUUGCAGAGAGGCUCGAUCGCUGCCUCGACAAGCUCUGAAUCUACUGCUGAGGCAUCACCACCCUCUGGCAGCUCUGCAGAGCCAAUUGCUGCCCCGCAACCUAGGAGGACAGCCAGGGCUACCACCAAGAAGACGCCUGUCUACGACCUUGAAAGCGAGGAUGAAGUGGUGGAGGUAACUGAUGAUUCUGACUUCGACGUGGAUGGUGACUCUGACGAGUGAGUUCAUGGCCUUGCUACGUCGAACUAAGUUAGCCGUGUCCCUUGUGUUGCGUGCGCCAGUAUCUAGUAUGUGGGUUGUUACAUUAGCUACUCUGAUGAUUCGGUGGUGUACUCUAUGUGAUGCAUAUCUUGUGCGUUGUAUGUGGUGUCUGUUGGCUUUGCUGGUGUGAACAGAGGUUGUUCUGAGUUCUGCGUGUCAACUUUCUAAGGUUCGAGUGGCCAGUGCCAA